GGCUGACCUGGACUCCGUGUUUUUCGUCAUCACAGGACAUUUGCCCUGCAACCCUCUAAUCACAUUUGUGAUGUACUUUCAGGAAGAGCUCACAUCGUCCAUUAAGAAAGACAGGGUAUUUUUCAAAAGCCAAGAAUGGUAGCCCUUACAUGCAAUAUUCUUCCGGUGCUGUGUGGCUGACAUCUAAAGAGAGAGACUAAACUACAAGUUCCAGGCUAUCACAGGAUCUCUACUCCAGUUGGAAGAAGUUUAUUUAACUUCAAACUGGAGUUGGUGGCCAAAUGCGCAGCAGCCAGUCGGCGAUGAGGGCGGGGCCUGGCAGACGCGCCCAAUCAGGAGGCCGAGGGGAUGGGCACUUCCUGUGUCUUGGCAGGCACGUUCCCGCCUGAGUGGAUUGCUGAGCGCCCCGGCGGCGUCACCUCCGUUUCCUUGACUCACACGUACUGCAGGCUGCGUGCAGAGGACCCCAUAGACCCCAAGCCUCGCAAUGGUGAUGUGUGGGACGAGGGCUGGGAUACGCGGGAAUUGUGUGAGCACUGGACUGAAGUACUCAGAAGCUACUGUGUCAACCGAUAGCCUCCCUGCUUAGCCCCAGAACCUAGGAUUCGGUAGAUCUUUGUCGCUGAUUUAUCAUCUGUUCCUGUUUCCGACUGCUCAGUAGGAACAUUUCUGGCUCCCCAGCACGCUGUCCCCACUUUGGCACCAAGCCAGUAUCCAAUCCUGGGCGUCCCCAGCACGACUGUGGCUCUACCAAGCUGACCGGAGCGGUGGUUUGGCGGGAAGCGGGCUCCACCGUCCGCACUGAGAAAGUUAUCACUACAAUUGUUACGGCGGACCUCCGCUCGCAGUGUUGCUACUGCAUAAGCAGAGUUAAUAACCUCACAUUAAAGAAUGAAUUUUCGAACGAACAAAGGACGUUAGGAGAGAUUUUAUUGGAAAUAAGAGUAGCUCCCUGAAUUCCAGGAAGCGCCCCAAGUGGGUGCCCUUGUGGGCGCUCAGUACAGAGUGAGUUAUAAACAAGCAGAGCAGAGCAGUUACUCAGUUCAGUUGUUCAGUGGCCACGUGUUACACAUGGCUCUGAGGCAGUGACCUUUGAGGAUGUGGCUGUGAACUUCACCCCAGAAGAGUGGGCUCUGCUGAAUCCAUCACAGAAGAAGCUCUACAGAGAUGUGAUGUUGGAAACAUUUAGGAACAUGGCUGCUGUAGGAAGAACGUGGGAUAACCAGCAAAUUGGACAAGAGUACAAAAAUUGUUCAAAGACUCUAAGAAAUGAAGUGGGAAAAUGCUAUCAAUAUAAAGCUUGGAAACAACAAGAAUUACGUAUUUGGACUCCAGAUACUCAUGCAGACAUGCGCCAACAUGCUUUAGAGCCAAGUGAAAGCCUUGCUUGUAGGAAGACCAUGAUUGGGCAUUGGAGCCUAAAUGUGCCUAUCAUGGCUCACACUCAACUGAAUCCAGAUGAUUAUUUGGGAUUUGAAGAGAAACUGUAUAAAUGCAGUGGAAAUAGAAAACCCUGCACUGAUACUCAACUCUUUCAGAUCCAUGAAAUGAGAAAACUUGGAGAGAAACGCUGUCAACAUGAGCAUUGUAGGAAAGUCUCCUCUGACCCUAGUGAACCAAGUGACACUAGAGAGAAGAUCUUUUUAGGUAAGAAAAGUAUAAAAGCCUCCAGCAUACCCCAUGAUGUUCAAAUGCAUGAAAGAAAUCAUAGUGGGGAGAAUCAAUAUUUAUUUGAGCAGUGUGGGAAACCUUUCAUUUCUUCAUAUCAUAUUCAAAUACAUGAAAGAAAACAUGUUAAUGGGAAGGCUUAUAUAUCUAAGGCAUAUAUGAAAAUACUGGCUCAUAGUAAUUCCUUUUAUAGACAUAAAAGAAUUCACACUGGGAAGAAACUGUAUGUAUGUAACCAGUGUGGGAAAGCAUUCAUUACACAGAGGUCCUAUAAAACACAUGAGAGUAAUCAUACAGCUGAGAAAUCCUAUGUAGGAAAGCAAUGUAGAAAACAAUUCAGUGAUAAGCCCAAAUAUCGUAGACAUACAAAAUCUCACACUGGGGAGAAACCCUAUGUAUGUAAGCAGUGUGGAAAAUCUUUCAUGCAGAAUGGUAACCUUCGUGUACAUGAAAGAAUUCACACUGGUGAGAAACCCUAUGCAUGUAAGCAAUGUGGAAAGUCUUUCAACCAACGGACUAAUUGUCGUGUACAUGAAAGAAUUCAUACUGGAGAGAAACCCUAUGAAUGUAAGCACUGUGGAAAAAGAUUUACCUACAACUCCAAAUAUCAAAGACAUACAAGAUCCCACACUGGUGAGAAACCCUAUGUAUGUACGCAAUGUGGGAAAGCAUUCGACAGUCGCAGUCAUUGUCAAAGACAUGAAAGAGUUCACAGUGAGGAGAGACAUUAUGUGUGCAAACAGUGUGGGAAAGCAUUCACACAGAAUUAUUUUCACAUACAUGAAAGAAUUCAUACUGGGGAGAAACCCUAUGUAUGUAAGCAAUGUGGAAAGUCUUUCAACCAACAGUCUAAUUGUCGUGUACAUGAAAGAAUUCACACUGGAGAGAAACCCUAUGAAUGUAAGCACUGUGGAAAAGGGUUUGCUGAUAAGUCCACAUUAUCUAGGCACAGAAGAUCCCACACUGGAGAGAAGCCCUAUGCAUGUAAGCAGUGUGGGAAAGCGUUCAGUACACUCAGUCACUGUCGAAGACAUGAAAGUAUUCACAGUGGAAAUAGACACAGGAAAACCUACGUGUGUGAACAAUGUGGGAAAACAUACACUAGACAAAAAUUUUUUCACAUACAUGCAAGAAGUCACACUGAAGAAAAGCUGUGAAUCAGUAAUGUGAGGAAUCUUCAGCCAACAGAAUACUUGUCAAAGACGUGAAGGAAUCCACUCAGAAGAAACCCUAUGUAUGAAAGGAAUGUGAGGAAACAUUCAGUACUGACAAGUGCCCUCAGGUGCUGGGAAUUUAACUCAGCGGCAUAAGCACCUGCCUUGCAAGCAGGCGGCCGUGAGUUCGAUCCAUGGUACCGGUAAAAAUGGAAAUGAAAAAGACAAAAAAAGAACAGAAAAGUGCCCUCAAAUACAUGAAGAUGGCAUACUGGGGCAAACCAUAUAUGUGAAGGCAGAGUGAGAAAGAUGAGAUGCACUCACACUGCAAUAAAUUUAUGAUGGUAAGAUGUGUGUGAAAACACAAUGCUAUCAUUUAAAUGGUUGAAUAAAGUCACACUGGGCGGAAAGCCUGAAGUUAGCAAUAAAGGAAAGAUUUUAGCAUAUUUGGGUACUGUCAAAAACAUGAAGUCACACUGGAGAGAAAUUCCAUGCAAGCCUAUUUUGAAUAUCCUAUGAAAACUACUCAUACAUUGAUUGGCUUUUUUUUUUUUUUUUCUUGUCUUUUGAGAGGGGGGUCUCAAUAUGGACUUCAGACUGGCCUUUACCUCACUUUGUAGCUCAGGCUGGUCUUGAACUCGCAAUGAUCCUCCUGCCUCAGUUUCCCCAGUGCUGGGAUUACAGGUGUGUACUACCACAUCCAUCUUAUGUAAUGGAGACCUGUAGAAAUAAUGUAAACAUUUUGUUGUCAAUAUUUUCUUAAUAAAAUUCAAGAAAAUACACUCCAUAAAAGAGAUACCCUAAAGUGUAUUCAUUCUCUGUUUCUCAGUAAAUUACUGAUGGGCAGGAGAUUUAUGCUCCGAGCGGAGCAUAAGCGCCUGCGUAGCAAGCACAAGAUCAUAUGUUAGAUCCCCAGUACCAACAAAAAAAGUAAAUUACUUGUUUAGGUAUUUGGGGUCUCUAAUAUAAUAAAAUUGAGUUGACGCAAUCAUAUUUUUGUUUAUGCCAGUGUUUUUGCAUUUUACAGUGUCUUUAUUUAAACUAGGUGAAUUUAAAUAUAGUUUUCACUUCCAAAUACGAUUAGUAUUUAUGUAGUAAUUAUUUUGCUUUGUUUUUACAGUUGGGAGAAAUAGACCACUAAAAGUAAAUUUUAAUUGGGUUUCCAUUGUUGGGAAUGGUCUACUAGCCUUGAUUUAAUUUUUGUUUUUGCAUAUAUUCCAUAUCCUGUAUAAAAAAACUAUUUUUGAACUUGAUGUUAUAUUUGAUGGAGAGAUUGUGACCAUGCUUUUGACAGAUACCAGUUUUCAUAAAACUCGUGUAUUAUCCUCACAAGACACCUGCAUAUAUCCCAGCAUAAUAGUGUAUUAUAUCAAGUACACAAUUUUGCUUAGUUUGCCUCGAUGUUGGAGUGAAUAUUAUAUCUUAUAUAAAAUUUUACAUUUUCUUACCAAAAGUUUACUUUUCAUGCUUCUCUUACGAUGACUUUUAAUCUUGUGAUAAUUUUUCCAACACUUUUACCAUAAAAUAAAGCAUGCUGCUGUGAGUUUCUGAUGCUAGAGAUCAGCAGAAACAUUGUCUACAAGUGGAUAUCACAAGUUACAGUAAUCUCUUGUCAACAGUGAAGUUUUUUGGGAAGAAUAUAGGUUUUUGGAAGAAUAAUUAUUAUUGGCUAUGUUAAGGCAAAUUCCUUUAUUCUAUUACUUAUGCUGGCAAUGCUACUGAUUUUGGUAAUUGGUUUAACAAGAAGAUUAAAUAAUGCCAUGAAGGAAAAUCCAGUCAGUUUAAUAAAAAGAGGAAGUGUACUAA